AUGGAAAAGAGGAAUAAUGUCACUGUGUUUAUUCUCCUGGGACUUUCCCAAAGCAAACACAUAGAAAUAUUUUGUUUUGUAUUAUUUUUAUUUUGCUACACUGUUAUUUGGAUGGGAAACUUGCUCAUAAUGAUUUCUAUCUCAUGCAGUCAGCUAAUUGACCAGCCCAUGUAUUUCUUCCUUAAAUACCUCUCACUCUGCGACCUUUGCUACACAUCCACAGUGACACCCAAACUAAUGACUGAUUUACUAGCGGAAAGGAAGACCAUUUCAUACAGUAACUGCAUGAUACAGCUGUUUAUCUUUCACUUCCUUGGAGGCAUCGAGAUCUUUAUCCUCACAGGGAUGGCCUAUGACCGCUACGUGGCCAUCUGCAAGCCCCUGCACUACACCGUCAUCAUGAGCAAGUGGAGGUGCAAGGUGAUCAUCAUAGUUUGUUGCACUGGGGGAUUGUUACAUUCUGCCACUCAGUUUCUUCUCACCAUCUUCUUACCCUUCUGUGGUCCUAAUGAGAUAGAUCACUACUUCUGUGAUGUGCUUCCUUUGCUGAAACUGGCCUGCACUGAUACAUACAGAAUUGGUCUCUUGGUAAUUGUGAAUUCAGGUCUGAUUGCUUUAGUGUCUUUUGUGAUUUUAAUGGUAUCUUAUUUUCUGAUAUUAUACACCAUCAGGGCUUACCCUGCUAAAAGCCGUAGCAAAGCUCUUUCUACUUGUAGUUCUCACAUAACUGUUGUGGUUCUGUUCUUUGUACCUGUUUUCUUCAUUUACAUAAAACCAGCCAUAACUAUUCCAGAAGAUAAAAUAUUUGCUCUUCUCUACACAAUCAUUGUUCCCAUGUUCAAUCCUCUGAUUUACACUCUAAGAAACUUGGAAAUGAAGAAUGCCUUGAGAAAAUUGUGGUGCAAUUGA